AUGCCUUUAACGACACCGGUUCUAACGGUGGAUGCGGACAAUAUCCACAAAGUUGACACUGCCAACGCACAGUCACUCCAUGGGAUGUGGAUGGUAUUCUCCAAGUGCGCCGAUUACAUGGAUCAAGGUCGACGCUUGGAAAAUCUGAGCUGGCGAUUGUGGACUCGGGAGACCUUCUGCGUCGAGCCGGAAAAGUCCAACGAGUCUUCCCUGCUCCCAAAGAUGCGUAGUGAAGCGGCUGAUCUUCCGGAGCUUUCCGCCAGCGUCGAAUCGGCUGCUUCCGACCAGGCUGACCGCAUCGAAGCUCACAUCAAGCGCUCUCAGUUCUCAGAUUACCGUCCUGCUGUCGUCCGGGAGGAUUCGUUGGCCAGCUUGGGCCGUGGCAAAGAGAAGCACAUCACCUCCCUCGAUCUUGAGCGUAUGGUUCUCAACAUCAAAGAACGAAAGCAGUUGCAGCCAUUGACCCCCGAGGUUCGCCCUGCCGCACCAGUUGUCGACAUCACCCCUCAACCCUCCACCCCCACACCCACUCCCCAAUCCUUGGCAGCCCUUCGACCGGCGCCCACCUUCACCCGCCCAAGCCCCCAGGCUCGCGCAUCAACCGAGUCUUGUUCGACCACUGCCCCUGAAGGCAAUGACAGCGACUCUGCCCAGGCCACUGCCUCAGACACCAGUGUGUCCUCAUCUGGAGUCCUCGCUCACCGAACCGACUUGAUCAAGUCCCCCAGCCGUGUUCGUGGAUUCUCUCCUUCACAUGUCUCAUCGUCAUUCCGUUCCCACACCAACCUGGCUGCCAAGUCAAGCCCCGCUGGUCCUGUUGUGCAGCUUCCCAAGCCAUCCCCUCUUAAGAAGAAGGGAGGUGUGUUCAUGUUGGGUGGAUCGUCUGGUGAUGAUGAGGAAAGCUCGUUUGAAGAUCGCAUGGUGCCUGAGAACGCAUCAACCAACCAGAACAACGGCGGACUCCAGGCUACGACUACCAACUCCAACCAAGCCAAGAAGAAGAUUGCAUCCUUCAGCGAUCAUGUGGACACAAUCCGACCAUCAAAGAGCCCUCUGUGUGGUGACGAGGAUGCUAUCGAGACCGAUGAUGAAGUCUCCGAGAGCGCGAUCGAAGAUGAUGAAGAUUCAGAUUGGGAAGAUUCCGUGACGGAGAGUGGUCGAUCUACCCCAGACGAGCGUUCUGAACUCUUCCAGCGCGUUGAUUCACGACCCAAUCUUGUGUCCCGUCGAUCCCUACUGACCAUGAUGAUGCAUCAGCCUGCGCGUAUGCAAGGCAAUGGAUUCCGUUCCAGUCCCGCCCUGCAGCGGUCACGUUUUACCUCCCCCAACGGUCCAUCAAUGCCGGCGUCCCCGGCGGACCACGAGGAUGAAAACCUGACUAUGCGAGGUCCCGACGUCCCUCGAUCCAAGCCUAUCGUCAUGAAGCCUCCACACCCCCAGUCCGUGGCCCACUCUCCCCGUACCACCCGUCGCAACAUGCUUGCCACCGAGCUCACCGAAUCUCUUCGGCGUCACUUGCUUUGGGAACGCCAGCAGAAGAGUGCGACGGCAAAUGCCUUCCUCAAGCGCCGCCACACUGCCCACGACGUCAAGAAUCUUCAGGAAUACCCCAAGGGACAAGGACGCCCCCAUGCUGCUGCUACGGCGGCGCCGGCAGGUGCACCUGCGGCGAAGGAAAAUCAAGCCAGCAACCAAACUCGUGACAAGGACUCCCUGAAGAAUGGCUCGUGGUCUAAUUACGCCACCGAUUACGGCCCAUGGGAAUACCAUGUCAAGGGAUGGUGA